CAACUGACUGGGUUAACCACUUCUAUCUCAACAAACAUGUCUCUAGGUGUUUAGAACAAUACUAUUAAUAUAUCAAGUUCUUAUAUAAACGUUUUCAAAAGGGCAUUAUAGUUAUAGUUCCUUACUCUUCCACGUAUUGUACCAGUAGUUAAAAUAAAAUUUAUUAGAACAAGAAUGGACAGUGAGAAAAGUUCACAUAAAAAAGACAUGGACAAUGCAGUGUCAGAAAAUCCUGAAGCCGCACCAGGUGAUUGGAUCAAAGAGUUGUUUGCACCGAUUUAUGAUUUUGAUGCCAUUGUUGCUGCUGGUAAAGAUGGCUACAAACUGGAAGAAUCCAAAAUAAGAAGGGCUCCAAUACUUGAUCCACAGACAGUGCGAGAAGUAUUUGAAAAAGUUCAUCAACGGAUAGUUGAUGCUGAAAAGCAGAAAUUGAAAGAAAUUGAUGAGAAAAAACGUAAGAAAUGGUUUUUAAUAACUAUGUUCUUGUGCAAAAUUAUAGAAAAAAUAAGCUUUAAUUUAUACAUUUAUUGUAGAUAAACCUGUAAAAAAAAAAAUGUAUUAAAUUUUAAAAGGCAAUUAAAUAAGUAACACUGACACUAGGUAAGGGAAAACCUGAAAAAGGACACAAAAGAGGCUUCUGCAGAAGGCUUUCUUCAGCGAACAAAACAAGUGGUCAACAAAAAUAAACUAAAAUAACUUAUGAUUAUUUCAUUUUACCUAGCCUGAUUGGAGUCCUCCACUUAUUAUUCUUUUUAGUUUUAAAAUAUGAUUUCAAAUUGCAAUAUGAAUAUUAGUCUCUUUCUGUAUGUUUAGCACAUAAAACAAUACACUGGCAAAUAUAAUAUUAUAUUUUUGUUAACAGAAGUUGAGCUAGACAAAAAGAUUGAUCCUCGUAAAUCAAGUAUAUGGGACACAGAUGAAAUUGAUAUGCUUCGAAAAGUUUAUAAAUCUGCUAAAGGUAUUUUAUUUGACAAUUACUUUAUUGUUCUAGAGUAACUAUUCAGUACUGGUAGUGUUCAUUCUGUAUGAUGUAACACCCUGCAUUCCUAAUGUACCGGUACAUAUACCGGUAUGUUUGUAAAUCGAUACUCAAUGUAAUUAAAAGCUAGGGAUAACAUCACAUUGCAGUCCGUCACUUUUCAAAUAUUUAAUUUUCUCUUUUAUUCUAAUUUUGAUUGGAAUACUUUUUUUUUAUCUAAGGCUUUAAUUUCCAGCAGUAUUUUCAUCAAUUAGAAGUCUUUUUUUUUUUACAUAAAUUUUGCCUUUACUUGAAAUUAAAAUACUUUACAACCUCUUUUCAUCAUUAUUAAUAUUAUUUAUGCAAUCAGCUGAAAUUACAAAACUGGAAGUUGCCCUGAGAGAACAGGUGUCCCAUAAUACCAGCUUGGAGGCUACAGUCACAAGGCAGAGAAAGGAGAUUGAACAGCUGAAAGGACAAUUGUCAGAGGCGAAGAAAUCUAACUCUAGGCUGGUCAUUCACAGAGACAGUCUCCAAAAGGAUCUGGCAGUCCUGGAAGUGAAAUUAUCUGCUCUGACCGACAUGUGGCACGACAUCGAAGCAGAAAAGGUUUGUUAUCAGAGUAAGGGGGGAGGAGAUGCUCAUGUUUUUUUUUUCAUGUAACUAACCGAGUUUCAAUAGUUUUAUUUUCAUCAUUAGGUUUCUAAGAUAAUCUAUUACAUGUGAUACAGUUUGUACUCGUGUUCAGUAUUAAAUAAAAGGAAUGUACUCGGGAUGUUAAUAUAUCAUUAUUGUCUCAGGAUGUUAAUAUAUCAUUAUUGUCUCAGGAUGUUAAUAUAUCAUUAUCUGUCUCCUUUGGCAUACCAUACCUUUUACUUUUAGAAAAUUGAUUUUGAUUUUCCAACUUUUUUCUCACACUCAAGGCCACAGUGAUAUUUAUAGGAUGGUAAGCUUGCACUUGAAAGUUCAUCUGUAUUUAGAACUUUUUAAGAAUUUCUUUCAUAAUCAUCCCACCAAUCAAAAUACCAACCAUUUACCUGUGUGUUGAUGUGCCUAGUAGAUCAGUACAGACAAUAGCAGUGUUAGCAAAGACAAAACAAGCUCUGAUUUAAUCUGUGUCAGAAAUCUUAGAGUAAAAUUUGAAAUUUAAUCAAAUUGUGGAGGCCAACACUUCUCCCAAAAAAGUGUUUACUUAUUGGGUUCCUAAUACCUCCUGAUGCACCCCCCUCCCCCACUUUUUUUUCCCCCUUAUAUGUGACUUUAUUUUAUUAUACACCAAGCUAGUAUUGGAGUACCAGUACCUUAAUUGUUAAGAAAAUAUUCUUUUUAAAUUUAAUAAUUUUCACAACAAAAUAAUAAUAAAUCAAGUCAUAAUUUCUACAGGAUAUUUAGCUUCAGUAUGUUAAUGUUGUUUUUUAUAUUUUUUUUUAUUUUAAGGUUAAAGCAAUGGAGGAUGCCAAAUCUGGACACAUGGCUUUAGAUAAAGAGAGACUCACAAGGCAAAAUCUGGAAAGCCAGCUGUUACAGGCAGCUAAUAAUGCGCUUCGUGAGAAAGCGUUGAUAGAAAAAAACAUGGCAACAAAAUACGAGAUUGAAAUCUGUGACUUACAGGAAGUAGUUCGGGACUUAACAGCCGAACUGCAAGAAGAGAGAAAACUCCAUGCAGCUGCUAAACGAGGACUAGACCACUUGAGGAAGCAUUUUUCCAGUUUACCUUUAAACAAUCUCAUUCCACCCAAUGCAGUUUUUAAAGAUGAUGUUCAAUACAUUGAUCACUGCAGCUGACGAUGAGACUUUCAUCUUGUUUCUCUUGAGUGAAUUUAUAACUACUGGAUGGCAUGGCAGUGACACCUUUCCCUGCCAAAUCUGCCAUGCCAUCUGCUGCACAGAGUCCUUCUUCACCGAUACUGUAGUUGAAUUAAUUUUCUUUCCCUUUUUCUAACUUGAAAUUGCUGGAUGAAAAUGAUACAUUUACUGUUGCUGAUUUGAUAUAAUUUUAAAACUAUAUUUCUGCCCAGAAGUGCAACCUCUUUAAGAGGUUAAAGUUUGUUGUGCUGUUUACUUUACACUUCCAUGCAACGCAUUUCAUACUUCCAGGGCAGAUUUUCAAUACCGGGUACUGAACUAAUACUAGCUAGAGAAUAGAUUUACUAGUUGACAUGGAAAGUUUUACUACCUACAGAAUUUACCAGUUGAAAUGGAAAGUUUUACUACCUUGAGACUAGAGAGAUUUACUAGUUGACAUGGAUAGUUUUACUACCUGCAGAAGAUAGAUUUAUUAGUUGAAAUGGAAAGUUUUACUACCUUGAGACUAGAGAGAUUUACUAGUUGACAUGGAUAGU